UGCUCAAAGAGAGAUGUUUACUUCCGGGGUAACUUCCUCUUGAGGAGAGCUGAUGUUGCUAACGGCCAAAACAUCUAUUUUUUUGAAGACAGUUUAGAAUUACUGCAACUCUAAAAAAAAGAGAGUGACUCAUGUCGGCCAAGAGCAUGAAAGUGGAGUGGGUCGAGGCGACGGAGGAGGUUGUCGACGCUGAGGAGUGCCUCUCCCCGAAGAACAGCGCCCCAACAACGGAAGCUGAUUUAGCGUCGACUGAAACAUCACUCCAGAAACUGUUGAACACCGUGGGGCAGGAGGAAGGCGCCGAGGGUCAUGAUGGCUUCUGUUGUGAGGAGUGUCUGCCUCUCUUCCAGGAUCAGAGUAAUACCGAUCACAUUAAUGGUCCGUCGUUUAUUCUCGACUUUCCAACGACCAUGGGUGUUCCGCGGCGAGCUCUCCUCACUUUGCCCUUUGGCCUGAUGAUAGGCAGAUCCAGUAUUCCCAGUGCAGGAGUAGGGGUGAUAUAUCAAGGGCCAGCACUGUCUCCAGGAAUGCACUUUGGGCCGUAUGAGGGGGAAAUGACAGCAAAAGAAAACGCCAUGAAUAGUGACUUUUGCUGGGAGAUUCACAAAGGAGAAGAUCAGUAUGAGUACAUAGAUGCCACCAACGACUCGUGUUCAAACUGGAUGAGGUAUGUGAACUUUGCUCGCAACAAGGACGAGGCCAACCUGUUGGCGGUCCAGUACAAAGGCAGCAUCCUCUUCCACUGCUGUCGCGCCAUUCAGAUCGGGGACGAGCUCACCGUGUGGCCCAGCGACAAGCUGCUCGCCCAUCUCAGUAAAGACUGGUCUAAGAUGUUGUAUUUGAAGAUGAACAGAACAGAGGGCAGCGAGUCGGCGUCGUCUCCGAUUUUCCUGUGCCCCGACUGUCUUCUGUCGUUCACCACGGAGAGCUUCCUCCUCCGCCACAUAGAGCUGUUUCACUCGCAGCCCAAGGCCGACGAGUCACCGCCGGGCGAGGGAAACCCGGCGUCCGGAGACGAGCCCGCGGCUUCCGCGGUGACGCUCGUCGACGCGGCCAAGUCCAAAACGUGCGACGACUGCGGCAAGGUCUUCAAACAGCUCCCGCACCUGCGGAGGCACCAGCUGUGCGUGCACUCCAACAGGCGGCCGUACUGCUGCUCGCACUGCAGGAGGAGUUUCAGUCAGGCGUCGGGUCUGCUCCGGCACCAGAGCGUCCACAGGAACAAGGGCUUGGGAAAAGUCGCGGCCGAGGCAGAGAGCUCGGCGCCGAACGCAGAACCUCGCGGCGAGGCCGAACCCGCCGCUUCCGAGGAGGCGGAAGAGAUCAACUCGCCCGAGAUCCGCCAAGUGACCGUGGACGCCGGUGGCGUCGAGGAGGCAAACGCCCACCAGCUGGACUGCUCGGUUUGCUGGAAGAGCUUCAGGAACGAGGGCUACCUGAAGAAGCACGUCGCCACCGUCCAUGACAACAUACGGCCUUACGUCUGCUCGGUCUGCCAGAAGUGCUUCGGCCAGCACCACGACCUGCGCAGGCACCUGCAGAGCCGGCACAAGGAAAGCGUCCUCAGAAAGAAGGCGAGCACAGACCCGGAGGACGCCGCCGCCGCCGCCGCGAUGCCGUUCAGCUGCGGCGAGUGUUCGGCCGCGUUCUCCACGGUGGACGCCCUGCAGCAGCACAUCAGCGAGCUGCACUCGGAGGACUCGGCCGCUGAGAACCAAGAAGGCGGCCCCGCCCCCGCCGUGGAAACCAAAGACUCCGCCUUGAACCGCGCCUCCGCGAGGCCCCAGCGCGUCAAAGCCAGGUCGAAAGUCUCCGCCCUCGCCAAGCUCGUGGCGUCCAAGCGCAAAGCAGCCAAACAGCCGGAGGCCUCCGCGCUCAGGAUCAGGAAAAUGAAGAAGUACAAGUGGUUCAGCUGCAAUCAGUGCAAGCAGACGUACGGAAACCCCGAGGACCUCAAAGCGCACAGCUGCCCGUCCAAGCCGCUGAAGUGCGGGCAGUGCGGCGCUGCCUUUCACAGGACUCAUCUGCUGAGGAGACACAAGCAGCUGGAGCACGGUCGAGCCAAGUCGUUCCGCUGCGACUCCUGCGACAAGAGCUUCUCCACGCCCGCCAAGCUGAAGCAGCACCAGAAAAACAAGGCCUGCCAGAAGUACCACUGCAGCUCGGAGCUUUUCCCCUGCUCCUUCUGCCAGUUCUCCUUCACCGCCAAGAGCUACCUGAUCAAGCACAUCAAGAGGCACCACCCCGUGGAGUUCCUGUCUCUCUGCGACGCCGACACGCCGGCCGACGCGCUGGAGAAGGAGACGGAGUACGCGUGCUCGCACUGCGGGACCAGCUGCGCGGACGCCGAAGCCAUCCGCUCGCACGCGUGCAUCAGGCAGCUGAAGGUGCUGUACCUGUGCAACGACUGCGGCAAGAGCUUCACGAGCCACUACAGCCUGAAGCAGCACCAGCGCAUCCACACGGGCGAGAAGCCGUACAGCUGCAGCCACUGCAGCAAGAGCUUCUCCUACGUGGGCCAGCUGAACGUGCACCUCAGGACUCACACCGGCGAGAAGCCCUACCUGUGCACCCACUGCGGCGAGAGCUUCCGCCAGUCGGGGGACCUGAAGAGGCACGAGAUGAAGCACACGGGCGUGAGGCCGCACGUCUGCAGCGAGUGCAGCAAGAGCUUCAGCCGCCCGCAGAGCCUCAAAGCUCACCUGCUGCUGCAUCAGGGACAGAGGCUGUUCAAAUGCAGCCAGUGCGGCAAGAGCUUUUCUAGGAACUAUCAUCUCAGGAGGCACCAUCAGAAGAUGCACUCCUAGAGCUUAUUAUUAGGACUGCCGUUACUGUCACAGAGCUCGUUCUUACCACAAAUCCAAUGAAAAUAUUUGAUCGAUGACUGUACUUUUAACUAGUUUAAAGAAAACGCUGUCAAGUUCAUUCUAAAGAGCUUAACAAUAAACAUUUAUUUAUUUCCAAAACCAG